UCCCGGGCCCCGGCAGCCAGGCCGCGGCUCCCCCCGGCGGCGCUCGCUCUGCUCCGCUCCGCCCGGCAGCGGGGCCGGGACCUGCCCGUGGCGAGGCGAGGCGAGGCGAGGCGAGGCGGCGCCGGGACUCUGCCCAGCCCGGAGCGGGAGCGGAGCUCGGCCGGGCCGGGCCGGGCCCGCUGGAGAAGCCCCGCCCGGGGGGGCCAUGGCCGAGCGGGCCGCUGCCCAGGCUCCAGAGUGGGACCCGGAGUCAAAGCGCCCGAUGCCUUUCCAAUCCCGCUCUGACCCCACACAGACUUCUGAGAGAGAGAGCCAGCUGCAACCAGCAAAGCUUUCCAUGUGGCCCGCAGUAGCUGCAAUCCAAGCUGUGGACAGGACGGUGGAUUCCCAUGCCACGCGGUUGCUGACUCUGGAGAGGAGAGUGGGGACAGCAGAGAAGAAAUUAGUCGAUUGUGAGAAAACAGUGAUGCAAUUUGAAAGCCAGCUGGAGAGUAAAUGGGCCGCGCUGGGAACUCUGAUCCAGGGGUACGGACGGCUGCAGAGGAGGCUGGAGAACAUGGAGAACCUGCUGAAGAACAGGAACUUCUGGAUCCUGAGACUCCCCCCAGGCGCUAGGGGGGAGGUCCCCAAGGUGCCGGUGACGUUCGACGACGUCUCCGUCUAUUUCAACGAGCCGGAGUGGGGGAGCUUAGAGGAAUGGCAGAAGGAGCUUUACAAGAACGUGAUGAAGGGGAACUAUGAGACCCUGAUCUCCCUGGACUACGCCAUCUCCAAACCUGACCUCCUGUCCCGGAUUGAACGAGGGGAGGAGCCGUGUGUCAGGGAUCGGGGUCGUUCAGAGGAGAGCGAGAUCCCUGCAGACCCCCGCCCAGAAUCCCCCGUCUCUGCACCAGACAUUUCAUUGUGGAUUAACCAGGAGGAGGAUCCGGGCUGCGGGGCCCGAGGGGACUCUGGGGAAAACGAAAUCAGUGGAAGCCCCUGCUCGGAGUUUCCGAUUGUCCCCCCCGAUGCCGUGUCCUGGGUUAAACGAGAGAAAGAGCCGUGUGGGCAGGAUCGGCCGGUCUGUGGAGAAGGCAGAACCCCUGCAGGCCCCAGCCCUGAACCUCCUGCUCCUGCGCCUGCCCGUUCCCCCUGGGUUAAACCGGAGCCGGAGGCGUGUGCUAGGACUCAACCGGCUUUGGAGCAAAGGGGGCUCCCUGGAGAGCCCAGCGCAGCAGCCAGCAGGAUUGGGAUCAAAGCCGAGGAGCGGCAGGUUGAGGAAAAGCCUGAAAUCCUGGAGCUGACGACGACAUUACUGGGAAGAGCAGACGAAGAGGCUUUCCAGAGCCAAGACCAGCCAGCAGAGAGUCCGUGCGGCCCAGAAGGGCGGCAGGGAGCCGGAGAGCCCACCGCAGGCGGGAGCAAUCUGUGUGAAUUCAAGCCAGGGGCGGUGCAGAAGGAAGCCCACGCAGCCCAAGGCCCAUGUACAACUGCAGACCAUGGGACAGGCGCCCAAAUGGAGCAGCUGCCUCCCCUGCCCCAGAGAAUCCUGACAGGAGAAAAACCCUAUAACUGCGCUGAAUGCCUGACAAGCGUCUGCCUCCAGCCCAGCCUCCGGAAGCACCAGCUGUCUCAUGCCGGACAGGGGGCUUACGUCUGUGCCGAGUGUCGGCGAAGCUUUCGGCUGAAGAGGAGCCUUCUAACACACCAGCGAACCCACGUGGGGGAGAGCGACGGGUCCUUCAUUUGUACCACCUGCGGGAAGAACUUUGGCUGCCACCCGGAGCUCACGCGGCGCCAGCGGCGGCAUGACGGGGAGCGCCGGUACAAGUGCCCCGAGUGCCCAAAGAGCUUCCUGCAGAAACGGCACCUUGCGGAUCACACGCGGCUGCACACGGGCGAGCGGCCCUUUCCGUGCCCGGCCUGCGAGAAGACCUUCAACGAGAAGUCCAACCUCAACAAGCACUACCGGAUCCACACGGGCGAGCGGCCCUACCACUGCGCCCUGUGCGGCAAGAGCUUCAUCCAGAAACACCAUCUCCAGAAGCACCUGCGCGUCCAUGGGGGGCCGAGGGCACAGCAAUGGGGGAGGUGGGGGGAUGGCGUCCCCGCCCCAGCUCCCCAGGCAAACCCGGCGGGGGAGAGACUCUAUCCCUGCAUCGAAUGCAUGGAGAGCUUCACUCAGAAGACGUCCCUGGAGCAGCACCAGCGAAUGCACACCCAGGAGAGGCCCUUCCAGUGCACCAAGUGCAACAAAAGCUUCCGGCACAGGCAGUCGCUGAACAACCAUCAGAAGAGCCACUCUCCCGCCGGGGGUUCACCCCGCCACAGGCAGGGGACGGAGGCAGCCCCCUCAGGGGAAAGGCUGAGAACAGGCAGUAGCCCAGUGGGCUGGCAGUGGGGAGGAGGCAAUUUCCAGGCUGUUUCCUCCCCAGAAAUACAGCAAUACAUUACAUGACAGGCCCAUACACUCUAUAAUAGCAGCUGGCGUUUACAGCGUUCCAAAGCACUGGCUGGUCCUUCAUGAAUCCUCGCAGCAGCCCUGUAAGACGGGGGUCAGGACUGACCUACCUACCUCACAGGCAGGGAAAGUGACUUGGCAAAGACCAUGCAGUGAGUCAGUGGCAGAACCAUGAUGAGCACCCAGACGUGUACUCACUCCUCCAGGCCACGCUGCUUUCGGAAAGUGUAUUUAACUGAAGUGGGACUUGACCCAGGUAAAUAACAUGUAAUCAUUGUAAAUAGCAGAUGCUACAUUAAAGACCUUUACCGGGA